AUGGUCCACGAUCAGUUCAAGAAUCAGGACACAAAGUUCUUUAACCAACAUAAAAAUGAGCCAAUAAGAAUCCCAUCUCCAAAUGUUUUGCCUAAUGGUCAAAAGCCAGACUUUGGGAACUCUUCAAGAUCUUCAAAGAAACAAGCUCAUCAUAAUCAAAAACCUCAACAACGUUUACCAAAUGGACAAAUGCCAGAUUUUGGAAACUCACCAAAGAACAACAAUAACAACAACAAGAAGACAGGCGCUUCAAAGACCAAUAACAGACCUAAGAGUAACAACAAAAACAACAACAACAAUCAAAGAAAGAGUCCAUUAUCAAGUCCAAAAACAAAUAGUUCACAAAUUAACAACAACAAUUAUGAACUUUCAUUCCAAAAAUCAGCUCCAGUCUCAGCUGCUUCAUCUUCAUCAUCAAAAACACCUAGCUUUGCUGGUUCAACUUUUUCAAACUCUCCACAAACAAGCUCUAUUCCAAAACCAACAUUCUUAUGA